AUGUACGUUGGAUACCUUUUGGAUAAAGAGGGCAGCAUGUAUCACCAAGGACCUGUGCGAAGAUCUGGCAUCAGCCUUCCACCACAAAAUUUUGUUACCACACCUCAAUAUUCAGAUUUUACAGGAUACCAUCAUGUGCCCAACAUGGACACACACGCUCAGUCAGCAGGGGCAUGGGGAGCUCCUUAUGGCGCACCGAGAGAGGACUGGGGCGCAUACAGCCUCGGACCGCCAAACACUAUUUCUACACCUAUGAACAAUUCUUCCCCGGGACAAGUUUCCUAUUGCUCGCCUGAUUAUAAUGUCAUGCAUGGUCCGGGAUCAGCAGUGUUGCCUCCACCACCUGAAAACAUUUCUGUGGCCCAACUUUCCCCUGAGAGGGAAAGACGCAAUUCCUAUCAGUGGAUGAGCAAAACGGCCCAGUCUUCAUCAACAGGCAAAACGAGAACGAAGGAGAAAUAUCGAGUGGUAUACACAGACCACCAGAGGCUGGAGCUGGAGAAAGAAUUUCAUUUUAAUCGCUACAUCACAAUCAGAAGAAAAUCAGAGCUAGCGGUAAACCUUGGGCUUUCAGAGAGACAGGUGAAGAUCUGGUUUCAAAACCGGAGGGCCAAGGAAAGGAAGUUAAUUAAAAAGAAAAUGGGUCAGUCUGAUGGAAGUAGUGGAUCAGUCCACAGCGAUCCAGGUUCUGUCAGUCCCCUUCCGGUACCAGGGUCACUGAGUCCAUCAGAUAUACACGGUUCUCUCUACCCACCCCAAGGAAUGAACACCUUACCAUCUAUGAGGAACAUUCAGCAAGUUACUGUCACUCAGUGA